AUGGGGGGCUUUAGAUUAAGAAAUUCUCUCCUUUCAACUGGUUCUCGGGCGAGCAUUAAAUACGACCCUGUUUUAGAUGUCACAUCGCCCGAGUACUAUUCCGCGCAGUUCAGUCAGUUGCAGAGCUCGUCCGAGGUCGAGGGCUUGCGGGGCCAAUUGGGCGUUUGUGAGAAACGCCGAGUCGACCUCGAGAGGCGAGUGGCAGAGCUGUCCUCCACUCUCUCCCAAGCGCAAGCCGCUAAUCGCGCCAACGAAGCGGCCCUCACAGCCUCCCGCCGCAAUGAGGCCGCACUGAGACGCCGUCUCCUAGCAACCAUGGACACUGGAUCGACGAGCAGCCAACGUUCAAGGCCGAUAUCGUCGUUGGAUUAUUCUGAAACUACCACGUCAGGACUAAAAGAUGACAUGGACAUGAUCAAGUUGGAGGCAGUGAAUGUAGCUUUGUCAGAGGCCAGUCAGUUGGACCGAGUGCGCUUGCAGGAGCAGGCGACGCGUAUUGCUCAAUUGGAGGCUGAACAGCGUACACUGCAUGACAGAAUGGCCAGCCUCCAAGCCUCCGAGUCCUGCGCCCAGAGGGCUAGUGUUCGGCUCCAGGCCCUCUAUGAGGAUAUGCUACGUGAGUUCUCGGAGUCGACAACACAUGAAGCACACUUAGCCGCCUCCAGACGUCGCCAAAGACAGGCAGAUUUGCGCGGCUAUGAAACAGAUACUGCAGUACACACCGGU